AUGGAGGAGACAAUUGAUGUCCCAAUUGAAGGCUCGUCAUUCUUACGUCAUUUUACUGUACCAUAUGAACAAGCAAAAGAUAAACUCCACACAGAAGUAACAACAAUGAUACAUCCCGACAUAGGAUGGUACAAGUCAAGUGCUAAUCGUAAACAAUUUCCAUUUUUGAAUGAUAAAAAUCCUAUUGAUCCAAAGAUGAAUACAGAAGAUGUGAUUUUGCAGAAAAUAAUCAAUAAUUAUGAGGAUUUAUUCUAUUGUCGUCGUACUCCAGAGAAUGAAUCCAUCCGUCUGUUAUACUGUUGUCAUGCAUUGAAUCAUUCAUUAAAGUGUAGAAAGCUUGUAAUAAAGAACAAUGAGAAGGAAAAACAGUUUGGUGUUUCAGAUUCUCUUCGUGAUCAAGGAUUUCAUCGUGCACGUACGCUUAUUCUUGCACCGACUAAAGAAGCAGCUAAACGGAUUGUACAGACUUUUUUAAAAAUUAUGCCUAAAGGCUCUACUGUUUGUCAUCGACGUCGUUUUGAACAAGACUUUGGUCCAAAACCAGGUGAUACAGAUAAAGAGAAGAAGAAAGGAAGAAAACCAAAAGAUUAUGAAGAAUGGUUUAGUGGUAAUUCAAGUGAUCAUUUUCGUAUUGGUAUCUCAUUUUCGAAGAAAUCUGUGAAGUUGUACUCUGCAUUCAGCAAUUCAGAUAUCAUUUUAGCUUCACCUUUAGGCCUUCAAACUAUUAUAGAUGGAGAACAAGAAGCUGAUAUUCAAUAUAUUAUUGCAUCAAUUGAAUUACUAAUUAUUGAUCAAGCUGAAAUGUUAUUAAUGCAAAAUUGGUCUACAGUUCAGCAUAUUGUAUCUUUGCUUAAUCAACGUCCAACUAAACCAGUAUUUGCAUCAGCUGCACGUAUACGUUUGUCAUAUUUAGCUGGUUAUGGUAAACGUUAUCGUCAAACAUUACUCUUCUCUGCGGUAUCAACAUUUCUGCUUACAUUAUUAUCAGGAGAAUGUGAAAAUUUCCAAGGAAUGAAUUAUAUUCCAUCAGUAUCCUACUACAGUGAUCUAUAUCCAACCUUUUUACCUGAAUGGCAACGUGUACCAGGGCUGAAACCGCUACCGCCUCUUCUUCGUGCUGGUCAGAAACGUCAACAUUCAAAGACUGGUGUUAGUGAAUCAGAUGACAAGCCGAUAAAUUAUAACUUUAAGUUACACUUAAUUUCCUUCUUGAUUCCUGGACAAAUCUCUGUGAAAUCAUCUUGUACAAAGUUAGACAAUGAAAAUCAGUUGGAUUCAUCAGAUUCAGACAGUGAAGAAAAACAGUUAGCCAGUACUCCAUUGCCUAUUUCUAAUGCAAAACAUCUGCCCAUGCUAGAUACAUCAACCAAUUCUUUAUUAUUAUCCUGUAAACCACUUACAUUCACUAAUCAUGCCUACAUGUCAGGACGUAAUAUUUCUAUAGCUCGGUUGAAUGCCUUCAAGCAGCGUAUAUUGCCUAGACUUCGUCAAGGUUCAGAUCCACGUGUACUUAUCUAUGUAACAGAUUUUUAUGAUCUUGAAGAAUUACGCCAAAUACUACGUGCUGAAUCAUUAGACUUUUGUUGUAUAAAUGAAUAUACAGAGGAUUCAGAAGCUGAACGUUUUCGUACCCUGUUUUCUCAUGGUCGUAUUCGUAUAAUGUUAAUCACUGAACGUUAUUUCUUCUUUCGAAGACGAAAAAUUCGUGGACCACAAACUUUCAUCUUCUAUGGACCGCCAACAUUUCCAUGGUUUGUUAAAGAAUUAUAUGAUUUUCGAUAUGUUGAAGAUAAUGCACAAUACAAUAUGACUAUUCUAUACUCUCCAUUGAUUGAAUCACACACUGUAUCUAUGAUAACUGGAUCCAUUGAAUGUUAA